AUGACUGUAGGUAUCACUAGAAAAUUAAACCGUACAAAACCGCAUAGAGAUGCACUUUUCAAGAAUUUAGUAACUCAGUUAUUUCAACAUGGUACCAUCAUCUCGACCCAUGAAAAAUGUAAAGAAGCAUCUCGUCUAGCUGAUAGACUGAUCACAAUGGGGAAGAAAAUUGCCUCAGAUGAUCAAAAUACUACGAAAUCAUCAUCCUUGUAUCUACCACAUAUACAAUCCAAACUAUUCUUAUCCGGAGAUAACUCUAAAUUAAUCUCUAAAUUGUUUAAUGAUAUCAUACCUGUAUUCAAAAAUAGAAAUGGUGGAUAUACAAGAGUUUUGAAAUUAGAAUCAAGAUUGGGUGAUCGUGCUGAUCAGUCCAUUUUGGAAUUAGUAGAUUUCUUACCAGUUAAGACGAAUUCCACUGAAAUGGGUCUUAAUAAGGGGAACAUGAAACUAUGGCUAUUAAUAAACAAUAUUGUCAAAAGUAAUCAUCUUAAUGAUGUUAAGGAUAUUACUUGGAAAAAUUUAUAUAAAAUAGGCCAGUUUAAAGAUAAGGAAACUUUCUCUAAUGAUAUUUUGCAAAUUACUAAAUUCUUAAAACUAAACGAAAAUAAUACAAAUGAUUGGAAUGAAUCAAAAGAAAUUGAUAACGUUAAUAAAAUUAUAGAGAAGAUUUAUUCGUUUAUUCCAAAUAAAUGUAAAACUGCAAGAAUUAAUGAAUUUCAAAAGAAAGGUUAUGUUAUAAUGGAUAAAAGACCGGAAAGACCAUCGCCGGAACAGCAACUCCAUUGA